UACCUGUCAGUUUCAGUCACUGCUAAAUUUAUGUGAAUUGCUUAGUUGUUUGUCCAACUCCUGUCUUAACAGGAGGGAGAAUCUAGAGCUGUGUAAGCAUGGACAGCAUGGGGAGAAAAGUGGUGGUCUGUGACAAUGGAACAGGGUUUGUCAAGUGCGGCUUUGCUGGGUCCAAUUUUCCAGAACACAUCUUCCCAGCCAUGGUGGGCCGCCCAAUCAUUCGAUCGACCAUCAAAGUGGGCAACAUUGAGAUAAAGGACCUGAUGGUUGGUGACGAGGCCAGCGAUUGCCGCUCCAUGCUGGAGGUGUCCUACCCCAUGGAGAACGGCAUGGUGCGAAGUUGGGACGACAUGCUCCACCUGUGGGACCACACCUUCGGGCCCGACCGCCUCGACAUCGACCCGAAAGAGUGCAAGAUCCUGCUGACUGAGCCGCCCAUGAACCCCAACAAGAACCGGGAGAAGAUCACAGAAGUCAUGUUUGAGAAAUACCAGUUCCAGGGCAUUUACAUUGCAAUUCAGGCGGUGCUCACUCUGUAUGCUCAGGGUUUGCUGACUGGUGUGGUCGUCGACUCUGGGGAUGGCGUCACCCACAUCUGUCCGGUGUAUGAGGGCUUUUCAUUACCUCACCUCACACGCAGGCUGGACAUCGCAGGGCGUGACAUCACACGCUACCUCAGCAAGCUCCUGCUUCUCCGUGGUUACGCCUUCAAUCACUCGGCCGACUUUGAGACUUUACGUAUGUUGAAGGAGAAGCUCUGCUAUGUAGGGUAUAACAUCGAGCAGGAGCAGCGCCUCGCCACGGAGACCACCUACCUGGUGGAGUCGUUCAUGCUUCCUGACGGCCGACUGGUGAAGGUGGGUGGAGAGAGGUUUGGGGCCCCUGAAGCUCUCUUCCAGCCUCAUCUCAUCAACAUUGAGGGGGCAGGAGUGGCUGAGCUGCUCUUCAACUGCAUCCAGGCUGCAGACAUUGACCUCAGGGCGGACUUCUAUAAACACAUCGUUCUGUCAGGAGGGACCACUAUGUACCCCGGCCUUCCAUCCAGGCUGGAAAGAGAAAUCAAGCAGCUCUACCUGGAGAGGGUUUUGGACGGAGACACAAAGAAACUAUUGAAGUUCAAGAUCCGCAUCGAGGACCCUCCCAGGCGUAAACACAUGGUGUUCCUGGGCGGUGCCGUGCUGGCCAACAUCAUGAAAGACAAAGACUCCUUCUGGCUCUCGAGGGCAGAGUACGAGGAGAAAGGUCUGGGGGCGCUGCAAAAACUGGGAGGUGGAGCCAAUUAAAAUUGUACAUUUUUGAAAAGAACACAUCACACAUUCAGUAUAUAUUUUUCAAACAAAUUCAUGCUAUUAUAAUCAAUAAGUUGACUGACUAAAAUGUACAAGAAAUGAUUGAUAACUGAACCAAUUAUCAGCUGAUGCGUCACUUUGUUACCAUAAAUAUAUGCAGAACAUAUUGUCCAUAUGCUUUAUGAGUACCUGAAACUUUUUUUUACUUUGUUUAAUUACACUGUGACUGCUUAAGCUGCAUUUUCUUUAGUUUAAUUUCUAUUUGGGUCUAGAUUUAGCUUCAGGCACAACUCCUAAGUUUAGUUUGUUUGUUUCACAAUUGAUUCAAUUUUGGUAAAAUAUUGGCCUUAAGAUUUUGUCAGAUCUAAUGUCUAAGCCUGUAUAUUGCAGAGUUUCUGGGACUGUGUAGCAGGUUUUUUUUAAAUCAUUAGGUAUGCAUGUGAUGGGUUUAUACAAGUGGGAAAUGCCAAAGACAGAAAAUGCAAAACAUGGUAAAUACUAAAAUGUCAAACUAGAAUGGAGGAGCAUGGUUUUCUAUGUUUGUCAUGUAUUUCACAAUAUAUAAAAAGUACUUUGUCUCAAUUGUGUUUGGUUGUUUGCGAUUCCAGAUGUGUAACAGUAUUUUUAACUGUAAUUUAUCUAAGACGCUUUGAAAUAAAUCUUAUCAGACAUACUUAUAA